AUGGGGCAGGAGGCAGCAGCCGCGCCGGCCACACCUGCAAUCGUGGGACGUCGGCUCGGCGGGCUGGCGGGGCCCUACCCUCGGUUAAGUGGCCUCGCAAGAAGCAGCACAGGGACGUUGCAGACACCAGUGCCUUACCACAUGGCGGCGCGUGCGGCUGCCGCCGCAGCAGAAGCUGCUGCAGCUGCAGCCGCCUCGGCUGCUGCUAGUUUUUCCGCAAUGGUGGCAGACGCCCAGCAGAAUCAACAGCCAAGGCGGCUGCCGCCGCCACUGCCGCCGCCGCCGCAGCAGCAGCAGGAACAGCAGCAGCAGCAGCAGAAACAGCAGCAGGCUCCUGCAACAACAAACCCCUUGCCCGUGCGCAACUCCAGCAGCGGCGACCUCGCUACCGCAGCGGUCAUGCCCAGCGCAGCGCGUGCGCCUGUGACAAGGAAACGCGUGCGGUUCGACGAGGUACCCCGGGUGUACAGCCUGCCCUCUAGGGGCGCCUGGCAGCAGGAGGCGGUGGACGCCGCUUACGAAUCGGCCAGCUGGGGCGCGUGGGAGGACGCGUCGGAGGACGGCGAAGAGGCCCGGCAGGAGGGGGGCGGCAGCCUCGGAGAUGGCGUGCAGAACGGCGCCGGGGAGCACGCCGGCAAGCGGCGGCGGGGCGCCUCUUUGGCUACGCGAGCGGCGGCACAGGAUUCAGAGCGGUGGCCCAAGGCCGCGUUGGCGGCGGCUGCUGCGGCGCGCAGGGACGAGGGCGGCGGGCUGCGCGGGUACAAUGGGGGCCGGCGCAAGCUGGCUCGCGCAGUGCAAGCGGCUGUGAGGGAGCAGGGCAAAUCUACAGCUGGUGAAGCAGAUGGCGGUAGCGGCAGCAGCAGCGAUGAUGGUGGCGACAGCGGCGUCGCCAGUGAUGGCGAAGAUGCCGACAACGGGUUGCUGCAAGGGGCGGACGCUGAGCAGGCGGCCCUCGCUGCCGAGGCUGCGCGCAUCGUCGCCAGCCGCGCGGCACGCGGCCGGGGCGGCGGGCGUGGCAAGAGCCGCGGCGCCGCGGCCGGAGCUGUCGUCCGCAGGGGUCGUGCGUCUUUGCCCGAUGAGCGGCUGGAGCCUGGCACCCCCGAGGCAGCGGCUAUGACGUCCAUGCUGGAGCAGGAGGGCCUGCCCCUUGAGAGCGUCGAGGCCAUCAUGCGCGUCCUGCACCGCCUGCGCCGCGCGCCCGGUCUGGACCGCAUGCAAGCGAAGGUGUCGCGCUACGUGGCGCUGGCGGCGCGGUUCCAGCGGCCGGGCAUGCUGCGGGCGGGUGGCAUCGGCGCCGCAGUGCCACUGACCCACCUGAUUUGGUGCGGCGAUGGCGGCUACCUCCGCCCCCUGCAGGCCCUGGUGUCUCUGCUGGCCCCGGCCUACAUGCUGCCUGACGCGGUGUACGAGGCGCUCGACAAGUGCCCACAGCUGGCAACACGCAAGAAGGUGGAGGAGAAGCUGGCCGCCCUGGGGUCGGAGCUGCGCUGCAGCAAGCGCCGCCUGGGCGCCGCCGUGAGCUACUUCCCCACGGUCCUCACCAUGAGCAGCGCCAGGCUGGUGGAGCUGCCACGCGUGGUGCGCCAGGCCCUGGGCGGCUGGCCCUCGGGGCGGUUCACGCGGCUGGUGGUACAGGGGGCGGCCACGCUGGAGGCGGGGGCUGCCGCAGCUGCAGCUGCAGUAGUUGGGCUGCCUUCAGCAAUGGCAGAACAGCAGCAGCAGCAGCAGCAGCAGCAGGAGCAGGAGCAGGAGCAGCAGCAGGAGCAGCAGGAGCAGCAGCAGCAGCAGCAGCAGCAGCAGCAGCAGCAGCAGCAGCAGCAGCAGCAGCAGCAGCAGGAGCAGCAGCAGGAGCAGCAGCAGGAGCAGCAGCAACAGCAGCAGCAGGGCCAGCAAGCCGCAGGUGUGGUGCCUGCGCAUGCAGCAGCCCCGGCCUCGUCCCUCCUGCCGGAAGGGCCCCUGCCCCCCGAUCGUGCGGUGUCGCUUUCGGCGGCGUUCCUGCUGGCCCACCCACAGCUGCUGGUCAAGAGCCCGGGCGCGGUCGCGGAGCGGUGGGCGCAGCUGGACGCUUGGAUGGAGGACACGCCAGGGUGA